AUGGAGCUAAACUGUACUACACAAAUAAACACCACAUUAUUGGAAAUGAAUAUCGCUAGGAUGUUUCCCGACACCCAGGGAUUGAGACCUUCCCUCCGGUAUUUCAUAAAACUACUGUUGAAAAAAGAUUAUCCUGUUAUCGCUGAUCAGUUGUCACAACUUGUGAAUAGUGAGGCUACUGAUGUUGAAAUCAUUACAUCAGUCAUAGGCACAUUGUUUGAGUUGUAUGGAAUUGAUCCAUGCCCAAGCAUAGCUGCCCUCAUCAACUCUAAUCUCUUAAGUGAAAUAGUUGUAGGGCUCAACCAAUUACCGUUAAACGACAAACAAGGCAUCCUUUCUAUUGAAUACCUGAUGAUGCUAUUUGAAAUCUUACAUGACAAUUUUGCGGUCAACGAACGGAAUCUAUUGAUAAGGUAUGAUGGUCUUGGAGCCUAUAUUUGGGAAAUCAUUGCCAAAGGCGACUUUAACCUAGCCAACAAAUGCAAAAAAGUAUUCAAUUUAUAUUGUGGGAAUAGCAUUUACCAAUUGGAUUCGCUUGAUGAAUGGAUCAUUGAAACCUUUAUUAUUCCGGCAUUACAGUCGUGCUCAAAUGUACGGCUCGUCUCAUUUUCGUUACAAUUUCUUGCAAGAUUGCACUCAGUGAUUUAUCCCUCGGAGAAAAUCCUUAUGUUAAUUGGUGACUUGUUGAAACCAACCAAUUUAAAGCCUGCUUCCAGUCCAUUAUCCGCUUCUUUUGGAAUACUCAAAAAACAAAAGAAAAAGAGUAUAGAUUUUAAUCCUGACCCGAUUAUUGUCGAGACAUUACUCUAUUUCACUGUAUUGUUUGCUGGCCACAAAUCAUCCAUUCCUGAGCUUGAAAAAGCAGAAAGUAUCAUCAAUCUACUGUAUAAUAUCGUGGAUAUUUUGAGCAAAAUUGAUGCUUCUUUUGAAGUUCAUUAUUAUAUCCAACUAUGCUUGAGCUCUUUCUUUAUAAUCAAACCAAACUUUGACGCAAGAGCUUUCCAUAAAUUGUGGGGAUCAAAUAUUCUUAUGAUUCACAGGUUGCUUGCUGAAUAUAAAAUCCAGAAGGCUCCGGAAGAUCGAGUGGGUCAAUAUGAUAAGGAUAUUUUGGUAGUCAGUAACUUCAAAUUUUUUUACCAGUGUGCAAUAAGUGCCAAUUCUGCCCUACCAAUUAUCACCACCAAUGAAGAUUUCGUCGCAUUCAAGAAUUUGAUUCAAUAUAUUUUAGAUCAUUGGGAGGCUGCUAAUAUCACCUCCAAAAAUGCUUCGCAGGCAUUAAUUGAUUUAGUGGUCUUCUGUAUCGAAAAAGUUAAAAAAGAUAAGUCUGCUGAUUUAUUGAAUAAAUUGAGCGCAGUUUUAAUGGGUAGUAACCUGGAAGUUAAGGAACCGAUAUUAGAAUUUCUAACCGAAGACGCUUACAGACACAUGGAGACUAGGUUUAUUCAGUUCAUGGAUGCGGGGUGUUAUAGUGAUUAUAUAAUACAGAAAGUACAGAACACAAAGUCGAAGAUUGAGAAAUCUAAUUAUAAUAACCUGGUGAUGACCGAAAGUGAUGAACGGGAAUUUAUGUUUAUUGGUAAACUUCUUAUCAAGAAUCUUGGAAAACCAAAACUGAUCCUGAAAAUAUAUAAUAUCUUGAGUGCGGGAGAUUAUUUUGGCUACUUCAUGUCUAGAAUCACUGAAAUACAUUCCCUGGAUGUUAAUUGUUUAAUUUGCCUUCUAAUUGAGCUCACACAUAUUCAUUUAUUUCCUAAUGAAGACGAUUAUGCUUAUUUCUCAGCAUUAUUUGAUGAUUCUCUGGAUAUGACCAAGAGAAAUAUUAUGAUUCUCAUUGUCAAUUCUGCAGCUUACUCUAAGAUCCUGGACCCGAUUAUUAAUUACCCAAUGUUUUUGAUGAAGAUUUAUUCGUUAGCAAUGGCUUCAGAAAAUGCUACUCUCCAAGUGCGGGUUUACCGGUUUUUCAGAACUUUAAUUAAGCAUGUUACUACAGAAAAAAAAGAAAUCCUAUCCGAGAUUUUACGAGAAUGGGAUUUCUUUUAUAUUAUGAUUAUUUCAGUUUUGGAAGAUCCAACUUCAAUACUUCAGUUAGAGGCAAUAGAUGUCCUUCGAUAUAUCUUUGAGCAAGGUUUUUUCCAAGAAGAGGUGGAUAACAGUAAUGUGUUAUUUACUGUGGUAAAUAUUUUUCACUCUAAACCAAAGUAUCGCUAUGAUAUUAUGAAAAUGUUUUAUGGAUUUUGUUAUAGUAAAAACAUUGACUCUACGCAAAAGGAACGGCAUUUACUUGAGGCAAACUUUUUCUUGAUCAUCAAGGACUAUAUUGAAUUUUUCAGGGGUGAGAUAUUGGAGAAGGAAAACUUUACCGACAACAGCCCAAUUUUGCGGUUAUUCUUUUUGAAUGUUGGGUAUAUAUGUGUGAAGUUUCUGGAUUUUAACAAAAAGCUAACCUCAGAACAACAUCAGGAUUUAUUUCGAAUUUCAUUGAAGAUGUUGAAAUCUUCGCCUAAUACAGUGCUUUCACAAAUAGGGAUCGAAUAUAUCACCCAGCUAGUGAGAGCUUUGGACUUUUGCCAACUUUUUAGCAUGGAUAAUGGUGCACAGAAUGAUGAAUUUUGCUGUGUAAUAGGAAAUAUUUUCAGUGACAUUUUGAAAGAUCAGAAGCAUCCAAGAAGGGAUAAUAUUAUUAAAGAUAUCUGUUGCAUUUCUGAGAUUUACGUCAGCAAAGAUUGUUCUAGAGUCAAAAAUUUAAGAGCAUCAUAUUAUCUCUUGGAGCCAAUGUUGAGACUCAUGAACGAAGGUGAUACUUUGGGAUUGCAAGUUUCCAAUGAGAUGUGGGCUUUUUUUGCCGGGAUUAUUGAUUCCGGAGAAACUCCCGAAAUUUUGACAUCUUUCUUUGAUAAAUUAAGGAUGUUGGUUCCAUCAUAUGGGUCCAUAAUUAUGAAUCUUUAUCUUGCUGCAGAGCAAUCAAAUCCUUUGAAUGUUAUUUUGUUUUCUUGGAAUGUGGUAAUUAAAUAUCCUAAUUCCAUGUAUGCUAAAUGUAUAUUCAAUGAUUUUGGGUUCAACGAAGUCAUAUAUGCUUUGAGAGAGAGAUUUCAAGGCGAUGUUACAUCGUUGGAAAGGUUGAGUGUUAUUGAGAAUCUGCGUAUCCACAGCACAAAGAGGAAGAUAUUUUUAUAG